CACCUCUUGAAGAUGAAGAAGUUGGACUACGAAAUCGUUCUUCUCUCGAUCUCGGAUUUUUCUGAUCGAUGGCGGUUCCCACACUGUGUAUCGCCGAUGGAAUCUACCCCAAUGAUUUUUUCUACCGGAACUCAAUCCGACGACUGGCCUCCGUCGCGCAUGAUCGGUUUACGAACCCGAAAUUCGGAAUCGAUGGACGUCUACGGAGCGGAGGGAAGGUGACGGCGACGGUGAAUCCGUAUACGUACACGGAGGCGGCGCAGCCAGAAGAGCGGAAGAGUUUGACGGAUUUUUUUGUGGAAGCUAAAGAUUUCGUCAGAUCCGACGGCGGAGAUGGUGGUCCGCCUCGGUGGUUCUCUCCUUUGGAAUGUGGCGCACGUGCUCCAGAAUCUCCUCUUCUUCUCUACUUACCUGGGAUCGAUGGUACUGGAUUAGGGCUCAUUCGUCAGCAUAAAAAGCUUGGAGAGAUAUUUGACAUAUGGUGCCUUCAUUUUCCAGUCACUGAUCGUACCCCUGCUCGAGAUCUUGUGAAGCUCAUUGAGAGAACAGUUAGGUCAGAGUACUUCCGUUUACCAAAUAGACCCAUUUAUAUCGUUGGAGAAUCUAUUGGAGCUUCUCUUGCUCUAGAUGUUGCAGCCAGUAACCCUGACAUCGAUCUUGUCUUGAUUCUGGCUAAUCCAGUCACACGUUUCAACAACUUCAUGUUGCAACCUUUAUCGGGUCUACUGGAAAUUUUGCCCGACAGAGUUCCCAGCUUCCUAGAGGAGAAUUUUCGGUUUGAGCAAGGUGAAGUUUCAACUCCUCCUUGUUAUCCGUUUGCAGCAGUGUUCGAGACUAUGCUGAAUGAAACUGAUGCCGCACAGAUGGGUGGAGGGCUAUUAGGAGACAUCUUUGCAACUUCAGUUAACCUGCCGACUCUGGCUAGGAUCUUUCCAAAGGACACACUUCUAUGGAAGCUUCAACUGCUUAAGUCUGCUUCAGCAUCUGCUAUGUCUCACAUGCACAGAGUCAAAGCCCAAACACUAAUACUUUUGAGUGGACGCGAUCAAUGGUUACUGAACAAGGAAGACAUUGAAAGACUCCAUUGUACAUUGCCGAAUUGUGAAGUCCGUAAGUUCGAGAAUUACGGACAGCUUCUCUUUUUGGAGGAUGGGGUAGAUCUGGUGACUAUCAUCAAGUGUACUUAUUAUUAUCGCCGUGGAAAAUCGCUUGAUUAUGUUUCUGAUUUCAUUCUGCCUACCCCAUUUGAGCUCAAAGAGUAUGAAGAAUCACAAAGAUUGCUAACUGCUAUUACCUCCCCAGUCUUUCUCUCAACUCUAGACAACGGUACAGUAGUAAGAUCACUUGCGGGAAUACCUUCAGAGGGACCGGUUCUCUAUGUUGGCAAUCACAUGUUGCUUGGUACCGAAUUGCGACCAGCAGCAAUUCAUUUCUUGAAAGAAAGGAACAUUCUGUUGCGAGGACUGGCACAUCCAGUGAUGUUUGCCAAAAAGUUUGGCUCAAAACUCCCUGAUAUGCAUAUGUUCGACUCAGUUAGGAUGAUAGGCGCAGUUCCGGUCUCAAAUAUCAAUUUCUAUAAACUACUACGUUCAAAGGCUCAUGUGGUUUUGUAUCCUGGAGGUGUUCGUGAAGCUUUGCACAGAAAGGGUGAAGUAUACAAGUUGUUUUGGCCAGAACAUUCAGAGUUUGUAAGGACCGCAUCUAAAUUUGGAACAAAAAUCAUUCCUUUUGGUGUUGUUGGUGAAGAUGAUCUCUGUGAAGUGGUCUUCGAUUACAAUGAUCAAAUGAAGAUCCCUUUUCUGAAGAAUCUUAUAAAAGAGUUAACACAAGACUCUACUUACUUGAGGAACGGUGAAGAAGGAGAAGUAGGCAACCAAGCUUUGCAUAUGCCUGGAAUAAUUCCCAAGAUCCCGGGACGGUUUUACGUAUACUUUGGUAGACCAAUAGAAACAGAAGGAAAAGCUCUGUUUCUCUCUCAAUCUAGGGUUUUUCAAAAUGUCCCCAAAUCUCUAAAAGUUUUGAUCUUUGAUCACUCACUGAUGAAGCGACCUCUUCAAGGACGUGAUUCCAGCGACGACGACAUCUCCGGUACGGAAGCGAUGCUCAGAACGAGGGAGCAACGGAGGAAGACAUGGUUGGUAUCUUCUUCUCCUUCUGCUGCGUCGAAGAUAAACUGGACUAAAACCCAAGAGCUCCUCAUUCUCCAGGGUAUUGUGAACUUUCAAAAAGAAACGAAGUUGAGCUACACAUCUCAUUGGGAUGCCGUUUACGAUCGUAUCAGAGAUUCCAUGGAAUUUGAUUUCUCUAAGACACAGCUGAUGAGUAAGGUUGACAGGUUGAAGAAUAGAAGAUUUAGAGCUAAUCAGGCGAGAGCUACCGAUGGAAAUAUACCUUAUUUUACUAAUACUCAUGAUGAACAAGUGUUCAAAUUGUCAAAGAUCUUAUGGGGUGCUGAAAAAGAAACAAAUUUUGCUUAUCAGGAGGACCAAAUAAAGGAGGAUGUGUCUUGUGCGGUGCAGGAGGAAAGUUUGAAGAUUGAUGAUGGUGAGAAAGACAAGUGUGAGGAAGAUGGUGUGGAUGAUUUGCGUCUUCUGCAGGAGGCACUUGUGUUGGCUGCACCAUUUCAGAGUUUAGGUAACAAUCAACGCAAGUCGCUGCUUCAAAAUUUGAGAAACGUUGGAGCUACACAAAGGAAAGAACUGAAGGACGAUUGGAAGGCAUUGCUUGCUGAGGAGAUGCAAUUGGAUAUCAAGAAACAAAGUUUCUAUGCAAAGCUUGUUAAUGCCGGAUUUUCUGCUUAGUUCAACAAGUUCUGCUUUUGGAAUGUUUUAGGCUAUUUCCUAUUGAUGUUUUUCUUGUGUUUAAGCUUAUGGCUUCUUUUUGUUAAGGGUAAUGCUGUGAGUAAGUCUCAUGGAAUAUAUGCAUCUUUGUCUUGUGUUCGUAAUAUACCCUGCUUUAUGAUUUCGACAACUUCAUGUUGCAUUCUUUAUCUGGUCUGUUGAUAAUAUUGGAGGAGAAUUUUGGGUUAAAAUAAACAACACUUAUCUUU